CUUUCUGCCCACCCCACCCUCACCGCGCCCACUCGCUGCUCGCCAUGGCAGCCCCGCCGCCGCCGCACGGCGCCGACGCCAUGCUCACCUUCCUCGGCGCGUCGCCGGUCCCCGCGCCGAAGCGCGACCAGCUGCUGGCUGCGCUGCAGGGCCUCGUCGCCGACGUCGCGUCGAUCGACAGCCUCUUCCUGCACUUCGUCUCGCCCGUGUCUGCCGACGCGCUCGCCAGCCUGGCGGACAAGUCGUCGGCCGAGCGCGUCGUGCUCGACAGCCUGCUGGCGUACGGCGACGAUGUCUCGCUGUCGGGCACCCGCGAGGCGCUCGCGGCAGCGCUCUCGGGCGCCGCGCCCACCGCUGGCCAGACGGUGCUCUUCGUCGCGCCGCGUGCCGGCAGCAUCAGCCCGUGGUCGUCCAAGGCGACCGAGAUCGCGCGCAUGUGCACGCUCUCCGAGCACGUUGCACGCCUCGAGCGCGGCCAGGCGUACGUGGUGCGCACCAGCUCCGGUGCCGCACUGGCGCCCGAGCAGAUCGCCGCCGUGCAGGACAAGCUGCACGACCGCAUGACGCAGAUGCUCUCGGUGCAGCUGCCCAGCGCCGCAUCGCUCUUCCACCGCGCCGAGCCAGCGCCGCUGCAGACGGUGCAGCUGCUCGAUGCCUCGGGCUCCGCUGACCCGGCCGUCGCGCGCGAGCGCCUUGUGCGCGCCAACGAGGAGCUGGGCCUGGCGCUGGCUCCCGAUGAGAUCGGCUACCUGAUCAAGGCCUUCGUCGCUGGCGGCGGUGAGGCCGGCGCAGCCAAGGCGCUCGGCCGCGACCCAACCGACGUCGAGCUCUUCAUGUUCGCGCAGGUCAACUCGGAGCACUGCCGGCACAAGAUCUUCAACGCCGAUUGGACGAUCGACGGCGAGAAGAUGCCCAACACGCUCUUCGGCAUGAUCCGCAACACGCACAAGCUGCACCCCGAGCACACAAUCAGCGCCUACUCGGACAACGCUGCCGUGCUCGAGGGCAGCGACGGCGACCGCUUCGCCGCCACGCCGGCCGACUUUGGCAGCGCCGGCACGCUCACCGCGUACUCUACGCAGCGUGAGCCGAUGCCGAUCCUGAUCAAGGUCGAGACGCACAACCACCCGACGGCCGUCAGCCCGUAUCCGGGCGCCGCGACGGGAUCCGGCGGCGAGAUCCGCGACGAGGGCGCCGUGGGCCAGGGCUCGAAGCCCAAGGCGGGCCUCGUCGGCUUCAUGACGUCUGACGUGCUGCUCGAGGGCGAUGCACGCCAGCCGUGGGAGCUCGACGUGGGCAAGCCGGGACACGUCGCCAGCGCAUACGAGAUCAUGCGCGACGCACCGCUGGGCAGCGCCAACUUCAACAAUGAGUUCGGCCGGCCCGGCCUGGGCGGCUUCUGGCGGACGUGGUGCCAGCGCGUGCCGGUCGAAGGCGCUGAGGGUGCGACGGAGGUGCGCGGCUACCACAAGCCCAUCAUGCUGGCCGGCGGCCUCGGCAACGUGCGCCCGCAGCACGCAAUGAAGCGCAACAUUGAGGUCGGCAGCGCGAUCAUCGUGCUCGGCGGGCCCGGCAUGCUCAUCGGCCUCGGCGGCGGCGCUGCGUCGUCGAUGGCGUCCAGCGCCAACCGCGCGGCGCUCGACUUUGCGAGCGUGCAGCGCGAGAACCCGGAGAUGCAGCGCCGCUGCCAGAGCGUCAUUGACGCAUGCAUUGCGCUCGGCGCUGCCGAUGCUGAAUGGCCGAGCGCCAGCGGCAACCCGAUCUCGAGCAUUCACGACGUCGGCGCCGGCGGCAUCAGCAACGCACUGCCGGAGCUGGUGCACGACUCGGGCCGCGGUGCGCGCUUCGAGAUCCGCGAUGUGCUCGUCGACGACCCGAGCAUGAGCCCCAUGGAGAUCUGGUGCAACGAGAGCCAGGAGCGCUACGUGCUUGCCGUCUCGCCGGCACACCUCGAGCGCUUCACGGCCAUUGCGCAGCGCGAGCGCUGCCCCUUCUCCGUCGUGGGCUACGCGACGGAGGAGGAGCGCCUUGUCGUCACCGACCGGCUGCUCGGCGGCACGCCGAUCGACCUGCCCAUGUCGACGCUCUUCGGCAAGCCGCCGAAGAUUGCGCGCGAGAGCAAGCGCGGCGCGCCGCCGCGCGUCAGGUUCGACACGACGCUCCUGAGCUAUCUCGGCGCCGACGCCAACCCGACGUCCGUGCUGGAGCAGGCCAUUGACCGCGUGCAGCACCUGCCGACCGUGGGUUCCAAGUCCUUCCUGAUCACCAUCGGUGACCGGUCCAUCACGGGUCUCGUCGCACGCGACCAGAUGGUCGGCCCGUGGCAGGUGCCGGUCGCAGACGUGGCUGUCACGCGCACGUCUUACGGAUUCGCAGAUGCCCUGGCCGGCGAGGCGAUGGCUUCGGGCGAGCGCACGCCGCUGGCGCUGCUCAAACCUGCGGCGUCGGCACGCAUGGCCGUCGCCGAGGCGCUCACCAACCUGGCUGCCGCCAGCAUCCCGGCGCUGGAACGCAUCAAGCUGAGCGCCAACUGGAUGUGCGCUGCCAGCCACAGCGACGAGGGCGCGCGGCUCUACGAGGCGGUGCAGGCGAUCGGCCUGGACCUCUGCCCUAAGCUUGGCCUGGCGAUCCCCGUCGGCAAGGACUCGAUGUCGAUGAAGAUGGGCUGGGAGGACGCGGGCGAGCGCAAGGAGGUGACGGCGCCGAUGAGCGUCACGAUCACUGCCUUUGCGCCCGUCGACGACAUCUCGCGCACAUGGACGCCACAGCUGCGCACCGACGUCGGCGAGACGGCACUGAUCUUCGUCGACCUGGCCGGCGGCAAGCGGCGCAUGGGCGGCUCUGCUCUGGCGCAGGUCUUCGGCCAGCUCGGCGACGAGGCGCCGGACGUCGAGGACGCUGCUCUGCUGAAGAGCUUCUUCGAGGCGUGUGCCACGCUCAAGGCGCUACAGGUGCAGAAGCGCACCGAGGGCGGCCUCGUGCUUGCCUACCACGACCGCAGCGACGGCGGUCUGAUCGCUGCGUUCCUCGAGAUGUGCUACGCCGGCCACGUUGGUGCCGAGCUGUACCUCGAUGCGCUCGACUCGGAGGGCACCGACCCGAUUGCCAGCCUGUUCAACGAGGAGCUCGGCGCGCUGAUGCAGGUCCGCACCUCGGACAUCAAGGCCGUCUCGGCUGUGCUGACGGCCGCCGGCGUGCCCUCCAACGCCCUGCGCGUCAUCGGCAACGUCAACUUCAACCCGAACGACCAGGAGAUCCGCAUUAUCUCGCACUCGCAGCCCGUGUACCGCGAGUCGCGCGCGCUGCUGCAGCGCGCCUGGGCCGAGACGUCGUGGCGCAUGCAAGCGCUGCGCGACAACCCGCAGUGUGCCAACUCGGAGUACUGGCUCAUCUCCGACAGCGUGCGCGGCCCGGCGGCGCUCUCGUAUGAUCUCAAGUACCUGCCCGGCGCCGACGUGCUUGGUGCGCUGGCGCCGUCGCCUGAGCGCCCGCUGGCCACGCGGCCAAAGGUCGCCAUCCUGCGCGAGCAGGGUGUCAACGGACAGGUCGAGAUGGCGUACGCCUUCCACGCGUCGGGCUUCAGCGCCAUCGACGUGCACAUGUCCGAUCUCGUCAGCGGCCGCGUCUCUCUCGAGGGCUUCGUCGGCCUGGCUGCGUGCGGUGGCUUCUCGUUCGGCGACGUGCUCGGCGCUGGCAGCGGCUGGGCCAAGUCGUGUCUCCUCAACCCGCGCGCACGGCAGCAGCUUGGCGCCUUCUUCCAGCGCGAGGACACCUUCGCCCUCGGCGUGUGCAACGGCUGCCAGCUCUUCGCGCAGCUGGGCCAGGCCGGCCUCAUCCCGGGCGCCGAGGCGUGGCCGCUGUUCAAGGCCAACGAGAGCUCGCGCUUCGAGGGCCGCCUGAGCAUGGUCGAGGUGAGCGAGAGCGAGGCGACGUCCAAGAGCGUCUUCCUGCGCGACAUGGCCGGCAGCCGCCUGCCCGCCAUCAUUGCGCACGGCGAGGGCCGCGCGUCGUUCCGCUCCGACGCCGAGCUGCAGCAGUGCGAGGCCGACGGCCUCGUCGCCAUGCGCUACGUCGAGGAUGGCGCACCCAAGGGCCAGGGCUCGACGCGCUACCCGAUCAACCCGAACGGCUCGCCGAAUGGCAUCACGGCUGUGUCCACGGCCAACGGACGGGUCCUCGCGCUGAUGCCACACCCCGAGCGUGGCGUCUCACUCGAGAGCAUGAGCUGGAAGCCGGCGGCGGCUGCACAGACAUGGAACGGGCGCGGCCCGUGGCUGCGCAUGUUCGAGAGCGCGCGCCUCUGGGUCGGGGCAUAGAAGGACA